AUCCUCUCUGUAGCGUAGAUUAGAGAAACCGGGGACUUUUUCAGUUUUGACGUUUGCAAAAACAACCUGCAGAAAAUAAAUUGUCGAGCGGCGACCUUUGAGUCUGUCUAGUUAGAGCCCUAGGAGGCAGUUCCUCAGCCCGGGGUGGCAAUUGGCUGCGCGUGCACUCACUGCGACUCCCCUCUUGUGUCUCGCUCGAUCCAUUUCCUAUCACGCGUUCUGUAAAAUUGCCUACACACACACGCACGAUGUGGUUUGCGUGUGUAUGCGUGCACCGGAACCCAAAGUCCGUCGGUGGCGUCGGCAAAUUUGAAGAUUAACGAGGUUAUCUUCCAUUCGACCCGCGGAGAGAGAGAGAGAGGACCAGAAAGCACAGACUUCUGCGCCGACCUGCUUGCGUGUCGAGGCGGAAAGGGAGCCUGGCUCUGGCCAGCUGCGUUGUUGGACUGGAUCGAAUUGGACUCAGCGAAGAGCAGUAGGACUAUAUAAAGACAAGAGGGGGAAUAUGAGCGAUAAACGGAUGUCGCGGUGGUAUUUUGGGGGGCUCGCCUCCUGUGGGGCUGCCUGCUGCACCCAUCCUCUGGACCUCAUCAAAGUCCACCUGCAGACCCAGCAGAAGGGGAAGAUGGGGAUGGUGAGCAUGGCCAUGCAGGUAGUGAAGAACGAUGGAGCUCUGGCUUUGUACAACGGACUCAGCGCAUCACUCUGCAGACAGAUGUCCUAUUCUCUAACUAGGUUUGCUAUCUAUGAGACAGUCAGAGACAUGUUGAGUAGCAGUAACCAGGGGCCCAUGCCUUUCUACCAGAAGGUGCUGCUGGGGGCCUUCGGAGGUUUUACUGGCGGGUUCAUUGGUACUCCUGCAGACAUGGUGAACGUCAGGAUGCAGAAUGAUGUUAAACUUCCCCCAGAGCUGAGGAGAAACUACAAACAUGCUGUGGACGGUCUCUUCAGGGUCUUCAGAGAAGAGGGGGUGAGGAAGUUGUUCUCAGGAGCCACCAUGGCCUCCAGCAGAGGAGCUCUGGUCACCGUGGGACAGUUGGCAUGUUAUGACCAGGCUAAACAGCUGGUGCUGUCUUCAGGCUUCAUGGGCGAUAACAUCCUCACACACUUCCUGUCUAGCUUCAUCGCUGGAGGCUGUGCUACGUUCCUGUGUCAGCCUCUAGAUGUGAUGAAGACCAGGUUGAUGAACUCUAAAGGAGAAUACUCAGGUGUGAUACACUGUCUGAGAGUGACGGCUAAAGAGGGACCCAUGGCCUUCUACAAGGGUCUUGUUCCUGCAGGGAUCCGUCUGAUUCCUCACACGGUGCUCACCUUCAUCUUCCUAGAGCAGCUCAAGAACAACUUCGGCAUCGUCAUCAUCUCCUGAGCACGCUCCUUGACCUACGACCUUUACCCUCUAACCCCCUGUCCCCUGCAAACAUCAACCAAUCCCCUGUCACUGCCACAGUGCCUCACCCCCCCCCCCCCCCCCCCCCCCCAUGGCCCUGAGCUGUCCAAUCCCACAGAGAGGUGGUUGUAGGGAUGGAAUGUCUGCUAUGCUAUCCUACCCAGCCCUCUUUAACCUGCUCUGGAAUCAACCAAUCACCCGGGGAAAAGACUACGAACGAACUGCCUGCACCAUCACAGCCUUGUCCACAGGAAGAGUUGUCAUAGCAACGCCAGUCAAACCCUGCUGUGACAUCAUCUUCAUGUCUCUGUCAUCAUCAAUAGUGCCGUUCUCAAUGGGGGCUGCGCCUCAAAUCAUACACUAUUCCCUAUGUAGUGCACUACUUCUGAACCUUAAUCUGUAGUGCACUUAACAUGAAGCUCUGGUCAGAAGUAGUGCACUACGUAGGGAACAUAGUGCCACCUGAGUUCACUCCCUAAACGAUGUUGAUGUGUUUAUACUGUAGCCUUCCACCACCAUCAUCAUGUAUCACCCAAACCUGUUCCAUUCCACACCACACCAGUCCUCAUGUAUUACUAGCAGUGUACUAGUUGUAGUAGUAUGUAUUACUAGCGGUGUACUAGUUGUAGUAGUAUGUAUUACUAGCGGCCUACUAGUUGUAGUAGUAUGUAUUACUAGCAGUGUACUAGUUAUAGUAGUAUGUAUUACUAGUAGUGUACUAGCUGUAGUAGUAUGUAUUACUAGCGGUGUACUAGCUGUAGUAGUAUGUAUUACUAGAGUGUACUAGCUGUAGUAGUAUGUAUUACUAGCAGUGUAGUAGCUGUAGUAGUGUGUAUUACUAGCAGUGUAGUAGCUGUAGUAGUGUGUAUUACUAGCAGUGUAGUAGCUGUAGUAGUGUGUAUUACUAGCAGUGUAGUAGCUGUAGUAGUGUGUAUUACUAGCAGUGUAGUAGCUGUAGUAGUAUGUAUUACUAGCAGUGUACUAGCUGUAGUAGUAUGUAUUACUAGCAGUGUAGUAGCUGUAGUAGUGUGUAUUACUAGCAGUGUAGUAGCUGUAGUAGUGUGUAUUACUAGCAGUGUAGUAGCUGUAGUAGUGUGUAUUACUAGCAGUGUAGUAGCUGUAGUAGUGUGUAUUACUAGCAGUGUAGCAGUAUGUAUUACUAGCGGUGUACUAGCUGUAGUAGUAUGCAUUACUAGCAGUGUACUAGUUGUAGUAGUAUGUAUUAGUAUAAUGUAUUACUGGUAUGACUGUAAAUCACUACCACAUUGUGGUUCUAACUGAAACCAUCAUAGAUACUGUCACAUCGGGGGGUGACGAUGACAACGGGCCCUCUUCCUGUUCAUAACACUGUAACAGCGGCAGGUAGCCUCGCGG